CUUCAACAAGUCACUGGUUCAAGAAGAUGUUCUUGCUGCAAAGAAGCGCACUUAGGAGCGCUUAAAGCCUCCUAACGCCGUGACAUCUGCAUCGGCCGAACGUGUGAUUCGUCGGCCGACGUCAAGCUCGAAUGCCACCCCUCAUUCUUGAGGAGCUCCAAGCCAAUUUCAACCUCACUUUCUCCGCAAUACCUUUCAUAUAUAAAGAGUUCAUCUCCACCUCUUUCCAAUCCAUCCCAAAUCAAACUUCAAUCUCCCACCUUUUGCUCUUGAUCGAACUCCUCGAUCCCCACCACAAUGGCCAACACAAUGAAAUACACAACCCUAGGAAACUCGGGUCUCAAAGUAUCCCGCAUCUGCGUCGGUUGCAUGUCCUACGGCGACCGUCGCGGGCGCCAGCCCUGGGUCGCCGAAGAAGCCGAAGCGCUCCCAGUCCUGGAAGCAUGCUACAACGCAGGCUUCAACUUCUACGACACGGCCAACGGCUACUCGAACGGGGUCUCGGAAGAGAUUCUCGGCAAAGCGAUCAAGAAGUACAACUGGCGCCGCGAAAACCUCGCCAUUGCGACGAAACUGUGGUCUCCGGUCGGGUACCGCAAGGAGAAUGAGAACGGGAGGUGGGAUGAUGCGUUAGCUAUGAGCGUCGAGGAGAGGGAUCGGAAGGGGUAUUUGAAUAUGUAUGGGUUGAGCCGGAAGCAUAUUUUUGAUUCCGUGAAUGCGAGUUUGAAGAGGUUGGAUUUGGAGUAUAUUGAUUUGUUGCAAAUUCAUCGCUUUGAUCCGAAUACGCCCAUCAAGGAGACCAUGAAAGCGUUGCAUGAUGUAGUGGAGAGCGGGAAGGUGAGGUAUAUUGGGGCGAGUUCGAUGUGGGCGCAUCAGUUGCUGGAGAUGCAGUACACGGCUCGGUUGCAUGGGUGGACGGAGUUCAUCUCUAUGCAGAAUUUGCAUAAUGCCACCUAUCGGGAGGAAGAGAAGGAGAUGAUUCCCUCGUUGAAGAAGUUUGGGAUGGGGAUGAUUCCUUGGAGUCCGGUGGCGAUGGGGUUUCUCUGCAGGCCACAUGUUGACUUCACGAGUUCUGAUAGAGGGACAUCUAUGAAAGGAACAUUCUUGGGAAAUGAAUGGACCGAUGCGGAUAAGAAGAUAAAUGAGAAGGUUGAGGAGAUUGCGAAGAAGAGGGGCACGACAAUGACUGUUGUGGCUCUUGCUUGGAGUUUGAGCAAGCCCUUUAUGACGGCGCCAAUCAUCGGAAUGAGCAAGAAGGAAAGAGUGGAUGAGGCUGUUCAGGCAAUCAAUUUCGAGCUUUCGAAAGAAGACAUUGAGAGUAUUGAUAAUCUUUAUGAGCCGAAGAAGGUCAUUGGAUUUGCUUAGAUAGCUCUUGAAAAUGUUGGGUACAGAGUGUACAGUUAUGAAGACAAGUACUGAACACACGGUUAACAAUGAUUCUUUCAGACCAAUCUGGUAUAAACUCACCAACAAAGCACACAUUUCUAGUCUCAAAAUCUCCUAGCUUCUAAGCAUUAAUCUGCUCACAAGAGUAGUUAAGUCGAUUUCAGACAAUCUAGUCAACUCAUUCCAGAUUAGAUCAUAGCAAUGCCCAUAAUAUUAAGUCGGAAC